CAAUCAGAACGCGCCAUUUCUGAGGGGGACUUUUUCGCGCGUGCAGUAAAGUUGCUGAACGCUGACAGACUGUUAGCUUUAUAUGAAAGAGUAGUAGUGUACAGCCAGGAACGUCUCAAAAAUUAAAGUGCCGAGAAGGUGGUGCAAGCUAUCUUUAUUUGGAUAAAGCGCCGCCAUCGUCUCCUCAGCGGGACAUGAAAAAACCGAACAACAUGGUGCUGGCAGAAUCUGACCUGGACAGUUUGAGUCCUGAGGAGCCAGAUGAUGUUUCAGGAUCUGAUGAAAAUUUUGAACCUGUCAUGAAAAAUACAAAGAGGAAACAGGGACCGGCUCUGGAAGCAACACCUUCUAAACGGAGUAGACGGAGAGCAGACAGCAGCACCUCCAGUUCCCCACUCACACACACACCUGGAGCUUCUCGCACACCAAAACACACACUCGCCCCACAGCCUGAGACGGAUGGAACAGAAAGGAGAAAGAGGGGGAGCAUGUUUGAGGCUGUGAGAUCAGGACGCUCUGCACUGGUGACGGUGGUUGAUGAUUGGCUGGAUGACUAUAAACAGAAUCGGGAGGAGGGUUUUCUAGAGCUCAUUAAUUUUGUUGUUGAGUGCUGCGGCUGUAAAGGAAUCGUAACAAGGGAGAUGUUUGACGUCAUGCAGAAUGCUGAUAUCAUCAGUCACCUGACCAAAGAGUUUAAUGAGGACUCAGUAAGUUACCCCCUGGCAGCAGGGGGGUCUCAGGGCCGACGUUUUCGCGAUGGACUGUGUGAGUUUGUGUAUCAGCUGGUGCAGCGCUGCAGAAACAGUCUGCUCUAUGAUGAGUUUGUGUUCUCAGCACUGAUUGCCUUCCUCACGGGGCUCGCUGAUUCGCAGGUCCGAGCCUUCAGACACACCAGCACGCUCACUGCCAUGCGUCUGAUGUCUGCUAUAGUGGCAGUGUCUGCUGUGGUGUCUGCUCAGGCUGACACAACACAAAGACGCUAUCAGCUGGAGAAAAACAAGAGUGCUGCACACAGAGCAACUGAGAGACUGGAAGAGCUCCAGAACUCCUACAAUGAGCUGUUGGAGCAGCAGGAGGAGUUGCGCUCUCUGAUGAACGGGAUCUUUAAAGGAGUGUUUGUUCAUCGGUAUAGGGACAAAGUUUCGGAGAUCCGUGCUGUGUGUAUGGAGGAGUUGGGGGUGUGGCUUAGAGAAAACCCUGCCUCCUUCCUUAAUGAUGGACACCUCAAAUACCUGGGCUGGAUGCUGCAUGACAAGCAAGCUAGUGUUCGCUUGCGGUGUGUGUUGUCCCUUCAGAAACUGUAUGAGGAGAAAAGUUUCAUCGGCCGCCUGGAACUCUUUACCAGCCGCUUUAAGGAGAGGUUGUUGAACAUGGUGCUGGACAAAGACCCUGAUGUUGCUGUGGAGGCGGUCAGACUGCUGCUGAUCAUUAAGCAGAAGACGGAGGAUGGUCUGUCUGAGGAGGAGUGUAUGCGUGUGUAUCCACUAGUGUUUGCUGCACAUAGAGGACUCGCUUCUGCAGCUGGAGAGUUUUUGUACUAUGUGCUGUGUACUGAGGUGGAUCGUCUACUAGAAGAAGGGGAGAUAGAGAGGCGCAAUGUCACGUUCCUCAACCUGCUCACAUGCUUCUUUAUUCAGAGCAAGUAUCAUGAACAUGCUUCGUACCUGGUGGACAGCCUCUGGGGUGUGGCGGUGUCGGAACUUAGAGAUUGGGAGACAAUGACAUCACUGCUGCUUCAGGAGAAUGGGGAGGAGAAAGGGCUGAAUGAUGAUGAAGAGGCCGCUCUGAUUGAGCUGAUGAUGUGUGCAGUCAGACAGGCAACAGAGGGAACUCCACCUACAGCUCGGCUCCUCGGGAAGAAGAAUUUGAAAAGCAGAAAGCAACAAACUCUGGAGAGGAAACGCAUCACCAAUCACUUCAUACCACUGCUGCCUCAGUUACUCACUAAGUUUUCUGCAGAUGUGGAUAAAGUGGUGUGUUUGCUCAAAGCUCCUCUGCAUUUUGAUCUUGAGGCUUAUGGCAGCACAGGCCGUCUGGAGAAGUAUUUGGAGCUGUUGUUAUCUCAGGUGUGUGAGAUUGUGGAGAAGCAUCAUGAAGAGUGUGUGCUGGAGGCGUGUGUGCGUGUGUUGUGUGUGUUGUGCUGUGAUCAAUACACGUUCUCUGUGCGUGCUGAAAGAGUUGUCAGUCAGCUACUUGACUCAAUGCUGGAGAGAUUUAACACACACCUCGCCGAUGUACUGCAGGGCACAGCUGAUGAGGACGAUGUGUACAGUGCUGUGACUUCCCUGAAGAGAUUGGCCGUUUUCAGCAGUGCAAGAGAUCUGACUGUGCUGAAGCUAUUUGAGCCAUGCUUCCUUCUGUUGAAGACUGGAGUGGAGUCCAGAGAGGUGGACAAGGAGUUGAUGUUGUGUGCAAUGAAGUGCGCUGCUUUCCACUUGCUGUGGGCGAGAGUGAAGAUCUCACAGACACCUCAACCUGAGAAGGCAGAGGUGAAAAAUUUGUUGAAGCAGGUUCGUUCGUUUUAUGUGGUGUGCCAGAGCUGUCUUUCUAUGAGCAACAGUCUUAUCAGGAACCAGGCCUUUGAAUGUGUGUGUGAUGUGUUGGUGGUGUUAGGACAGGGCAAAAGCAGAAAUGCUGAUGCUCAGAGUGUGUUCGUUUCUCCUGAUGACACACUCAGGGCUGAGAUGGCCUCGUUCCUAAUUGAUUACGUAUUCUCUGACGCUGAGGAUGAGGACACAGGUGUGGAUGAGGAAGAGGAGCUGAAAAUCAUUGCUCUCCAGCGCAGAAGGAAUCAGCUGGCAGGUUACUGCAAACUUAUCAUUUAUGGAGUGUUGGAGCUCAGAGCAGCAGCUGAUGUCUUCAAACACUACAGCAAGUUCUACAGAGAUUUUGGUGAUAUAAUUAAGGAGACUCUGAGUAAGUCUAAGAUUAUGAGCCCAGUGGAGAGUGCAAGGACAAUCUGCCUCAGCCUGCAGCAGCUGUAUUCUUCAUUAGGUGAUGAGGCUCAUGAUGAAGAGAUGAGGGACAUCAGAGAUGUGGCUAAGAAACUGGCUAUGAGCUUUGGCAUUAAUCUACAGCACAUCCGCAAACCACUCAUCGCCCUGCACCAGGAUGGUAUCCGGUUUGCGCUGAGAGAAGAUGAUGAAAGUGAUCAUCCCAAUCUAAGCUUUCUGGAGAUCCUCAGUGAAUUCAGCCACAAACUCAUUAAGCAGGACAGGACACAGCUAUUGGAUUAUCUGCACAGUGUGAGUGAGAGUGCGAGUGUGAGUGUAAACACUGCGUGUGUGAGCAUGUAUGAGCGCUCACUGCGUUCUGGAUCCAGAGAGACUCCUGCUGUCUCUCCCCCACACACACCAGCCAAGAGACGCAGAACCACUGAGAGGUCAGUCAGUAGCGGUUUGGACACUCCUGCUCUCACCUCCACGGUUAUACAGAGCCGAGUAGCGCACGCACAUCAACAACCUCGAUCACCAUCAACAGAAUUCAGCUCAGAUCAGCCAUCAGAGGAUGACUUUGUAGAGGGGAGUAUACAGAGGAAGCUGAUGCCUAGCAGGAGGGAGCAGGAGAGUUCUGAACACAGUGAUGUACAAUCUCAGCUCCAUAUGCUCUCUCUGAUUGAGGAGGAUUUUGAGGAGGAGGAGGAACCUGACAUAGAGGACUAUGAUGAAGACUCAGACGGGGUUGGUGCUGUAUCUCUGCCAUCAACACGCCACUCCACCAGUUUCCUAGAAGACCUGUUUGAGUGAGAAAUGCACACACACACUGCUUAACUUUGUGACCACAGGUGUUUGUUGAUGUUAAUUCUGUUUGAGUGUUAAUGUUUAUGAAAGUUGUUCAAAGCAGAUAUGUACAGAUGUACAAGUUUAUUCAUUGUACACUAUAAUAACUGUAUGGUCAUUUGGUUAAUAAAUUGCAUUACAACUAAAAUAAAGACUGAAAAAUAAAGUCUAAUCAGUGGCACAGAUCCUGAAGUCCAGUCUUCACAAUGGACACAAAGCACCACCUCUUCUUGCAUGUCGAAAAACCACUUCAGAAACAUGUCCGGUGUGGACUGGCCUUGAGAAGAACAGUACAUUGGCUCUGUGUCAGUAUGGAGUUCUUCUGGGUUCAGGUCCAGGAUAAACCUGUUGAAAAGGUGACCGUAGUAAUUAAAUACUGAAGCAUCCUGAUCGGGUGCUCAACAGUGUCUAUGUCAGUGCUGGAAUUUGUUUUGAUUUCUUGCUGGUAUUAAAAAGAUAAUGUCA